AUGUUAAAUGUUCAUAAGGCUGGUCUUGUUGGUCUCCUCGAGACGAGAGUUAAGGCCCAGAAACUUGGGGCCUUAUAUGUUAAUAUGCUCAAGGGGUGGUGCUUCACUUCGAAUAUUGCUUGGCAUGAAGGAGGGCGUAUAAUUGUGGCAUGGAAUCCUUUCAGUUACUCGGUGAACAUACUCAAUUGUACCAGCCAGCUUAUUCAUCUUUUAGUUGCAACUUUAGAUGGUAAGCAUAGGUUCUAUGUUACAUUUGUUUAUGCCUUCAACAAGUUGAAAGGGAGGAAGAUGUUGUGGUCAGAUUUAAAGAACAUUGCUACUCAUGAACCAUGGAUGGUUAUGGGUGAUUUCAAUGAAAUUUUGUUCAAAGAAGAAAGAAUGGGCGAGAUGGUGAAGUAUAAUGCAGCAAACGACUUCAUAGAUUGUGUGGGGAUCUGCCAAUUAAAAGACAUAAAGUUUGGUGGUAGCUACUAUACUUGGAACAACAAAAGACAAGGAAGUGACAGAAUUUGCUCAAAGAUUGAUAGAGUUCUUGCCAACCAGAAAUGGUUAGAUAAUUUCCCAAAUGCUGAAGCCAUUUUUUCAGCUGAGGGGUUAUUUGACCAUACGCCUACUAUUGUCUCUAUGUACCAUGAAAUACUUAGUGGAAAAAAACCAUUCAAUUAUUUUAGAAUGUGGACUUCCCAUUCGAGGUAUGCAGAGAUAGUGAAAGGAGUCUGGCAACAAAUAAUCUCUGGUUCCAAAAUGUAUCAGGUUAUUUCAAAAUUGAAGAAACUUAAAGUAGCUUUCAAAGAAUUAAAUAAGAAGGAUUUCUUAAACAUACAAGAAGUGACUGAAAAAGCAAGAGAAGAACUGAAAGAUCUCCAAAAGAAAUUACAAACAGAGCCUCUGAACCAUGAAUUAAUCGACAAAGAAGUGGCUGCUAGACACAAGUAUGGGCAUCUUCUCAAGGGUCUGACUUCAUUUUUGCAAUAG